AUAUUAUAGGAAAACAAAAAUUGUACUAUCACUAGUUGGUUGGAUAGAGAGAGAAAUAGAGAGAGAGAGAGAGAGCUUUAUAACAGAAAAUCAAAAUUCACCAGCCAUGGCCACCGCACUCCUCCUCCCACCACCACCACCACCAACCCUCUUCUCUCCUUCCAUCACCACCUUCCCUCCACCACUCAUUUCAAUCACAAACCCUAAAACCCACCACCACCACCACCACAGAUCUAUUCCCAAAAUACCCUUCUCAUCAUCUUCACCAUCACCAUCACCAUCACCAACACCAUCCUUCAGAAAUGAAACAGAGUGCCCUGUUCCGCUCGAUCAGCAACCCAUGAACGAGUACCAGUCCUUGUCCUCCUCCUUCCCCUUCUCCUGGGCCUCCGGCGACUUGGUCGAGUACUGUUCUCGCUUGUUCGUCACCGGCGCUUCCUUUGCUCUCUUCGUCGGCCUCCCUGUGUCCUGGUUCGGCUCCGCUGGUGCUCAAUCGGAGCCGCUCAAGCCGGCUUUAGCCGCCGUUUCGAGUGGACUCUUUGUGGUUACUCUCGCUGUUGUUAGGAUGUAUCUGGGUUGGGCUUAUGUGGGCAAUCGAUUGCUCAGUGCCACUGUUGAAUAUGAAGAGACUGGGUGGUAUGAUGGUCAGAUAUGGGUGAAGACUGCUGAAGUUUUGGCACGUGACCGGCUUCUAGGUUCAUUUUCUGUCAAGCCGGUGCUGAGCAGGUUAAAGAACACACUUGUAGGUUUAGCAGCAUCAUUGUUUGUAUGUGCCGUGCUCUUAAUCAACCUCGAGGGCAGCCAAAAGGAUUCCUACCUAUCAUCCAGAGAAGCGAGAGGCAGAGCUGUACCUGGGGUUUACAAUGAUGAAUCUGCAAGAUCAUUUGAACCUAAUGCGUUUUGUGGCCAAUCUGAUCUUGAAUAAAUCUCAAUCAUCAAACAUCUGUAUUAUAUAUAAUGAAAUCACUGCUUUUUGUACAGAUUUUGUAUCGCCAAGAAGGAGCAUUGUACUCAGUAAAAACAAUAUUUUUUUUUUUUUCCCCA